AUGGUUCACGGUGUGGUGGCUGGUGGUCAUGGUAGUUUCCCGCUGGUGAAGAGGGAAAAGGUAUUCGGAGUAGAGUUGGAGGCUGUGACCAGGAAGGAGGCGAGUGACACUGAUGCGAGCACGCCAAUGGUGGGAGAAAAGGAGAGUAAAAUGGCUAAGGUGGUGUAUGAGGCAAGGACGAUGAGGAUGGUGGAGAUUUGGCCAGUGACUAGAGUGGGUGCAGGGAGAAGUACGAGGAGGAAGGUGAAUAGGUUUAUGGGAUGCUGUGCUGGAGACGAGAAUGAGGGUGUGCAGUGUGCUGAGGGAAAAUGUGGUGAGAGAGAAGGUGCGGAGUUCAAUAGAGUGGGAAGGGUCACGUGA